AUGGCCAGGCCAGUCGCCCCAGCAGCGGGCCCCAGCCAGCGGGGGCGCCCUGCCGCCAGCCGGGCGGCGCUCGAGCACCAGGCGCCGGCGCCGCGGGCGACACGCUCCCGCGCAGCAGCAGCAGCGGCAGCUGCAGCAGCGCCGACGCGCGCAGCGAGCAUAGAUGUGAGCAGCUUGGGCGCGCGCGACCUGCGCGGCACAGUGGUGGUGACGGGAGCGGGCCCCGCAGGCCUGGCGGCGGCGCUCGCGCUACACAAGGCGGGUCUGCCGGUGGUGGUGCUGGAGCGGGAGGCGCAGCUGAGCGCCGCGGGCACCGCCCUGGGCCUGUGGACCAACGCGUGGCGUGCCCUGGAUGCACUCGGGGUGGGGGACGCGCUGCGGCAGCAGCAUCCAGAGGUGCAGGAGUGA